GGGGAGACCUUAUUGCUCUUUGCAGCUGCCUGAAAGGAGGUUGUAGUGAGGUGGGGGUUGCUCUCUUCUGCCCAAGUCACAAGGGAUAGGACGAGAGGAAACGGCCUCAAGCUGUGUCAGGGGAGGUUUAGAUUGGAUAUUAGGAACAAUGACUUUACUGCAAGAGUGGUCAGGCACAGGCUGCCCGGAGAGGUGGUGGAGUCACCAUCCCUGGGGACGUUCAAAAAACGCGCAGACGUGGCACUUGGGGACAUGGCUGAGGAGGCCUGGGGGUGUUGGGUUGGCGGUUGAUGAUCCCGCAGAACUUUUCCAACCUCAACAAUCCGACGAGUCUGCAGCCGGCCGGCGGGGAGGGCAGUGCGCAUGCGCCGCGGGAAGUACCAUUAGCGCGCCGCAAGGAGGGGGGGAUCGCUUCAGAGGGAGGCGGGAGCGGGAGGACCGUACCAUUGUGGCGGGGGGCGGGGCUACCCGCGGCGCGGUAAGUGAGGGGGCGUGGUCUAGGGGGCGCGACCUGCCCGGUUGCCAUAGCAGCAGACGGUGGCGGCGCGGUCCCCGCACAGGCCCUGGCCCGGCGCCCCCUCGCCCCGGGAUCCCCCGGUCGUCCAGGCCACUGCGCUGGUCCCGUCCCCCCCGCAGUGACCCGUCCCCCGUCGGGCAGUCCGUCCGUCACAGGCCUGGUGGCCCUGCCGCAAGCCGCGGGGUGCCCGCCCCAGCCUCCCCCACCAGCAGCAUGGCGCACCUCCUGGGCCACCCCGGCUGCAUGGAGAGCCUGCGGGCCGACCUGAGGGACCUGCAGGCAGCCAUCGCCGACGUCUCCUCCCGGGCCGGGGCCGUGCGUUUCCCCUCCUGGAAGUUCCCUGAUAAAGUGUCCUGCGACCUGGACCUGUCAGUGCUGCUGGAGCGGUACGGCUAUGCCGAGAGCGACCCGGAAUUUAGCCAGCACUCCCACGUGGUGCUGCUGGAGCUGCUGAUAGACAGAAGACUGCUGCUGCUGCUUCAGAGCUUCAUGGGCUACAUGGAAAACCUGCUCAGUGAGCGAGCCAUCCCCCCGACGCAGGCAGUGGGACCCUGCAUGUCUGCUGGGCUGACAGUGAGGAGGUACUGGUGCAGCAUGCUGAAACUGGGGGCCUGCUACCAGCAGCUCGUGGCCGAGAAAGCAGCUUGCAGGAAGGAGAUCCCCACACGGCAAUCCACUUCCCAGGCUGGGAAACCUGAGGACACGUGCCUGAAACACUGCUCACCUAACAUUUUGGAGUUAAGAACUUCCACAAAAUUUGCCCAGUCCACCUCUCUGUGCCCAUCACUGAGUGUCUGUGCACCAGACAGCGACUCCUCGGGCAGCUUCCUGACCGCUGCCUGCAGCGUGGCCGAGAGCAGCCGCAGCAUCCCCACGCAGAUAACAAGGUCUUCUGUGGGACCUUGUGACGCCUGUGCCAGCGCCCAGGCCAUUCUCCGUGAGGUCGGCAAUGCCAUCACCAGCAUCUGCCAGAGCCAGAACAUCCCCUCAGCUCUGAGCAGGUUCCAGGAGAUGGUGGAGGAAAGCAAAGGGAGAAGGACCCUCUCUGCAAUGGACAUGAGCUACUGGGCCUCAGAGCAGACCAAGGACCUCUCCCGGAUCAGCAAACACCUCCAGAUGCUGCUGCAGCAGGUCAACCCUCUGAAGUCUAAGCUGGAAGAAUCAGAGAAACAGAAGGACAAGCUGCAGAAACAAGUUGAGGACUUCUCCAGGUUGCUUCAGGUGGAGAAGGAGACCCAAGCGCAGCAGAGGAAGGAGGCUGAGCAGAACCUGGAAGUAAAGAACAAAGACUAUUUAGAGGCUGUAGCCAGGCUGGAGCAGGACAAGGAUGACCUACGGAGAGGAGCUGCUCUGCUGGAAGAGCAAUUCUCCACCUUAAAGGAGGAGCUGGCUGCGAAGCAGGCUGCUGUUCAGGAGCUGGAGGCGACAAAGGCAACCUUGCUGGAGGAGAUGAGGACCACAAUGGUGGCCAGGAGCUGGGUGCUGGAGCUGGAGAAGAAGGUGCAGGUGCUCGCUGGCCAGCGGGAGAGCCUGGGCCAGGAGCUGAGUGCCACCACCACCCAGCUGGAGAAGGAGAAGGCCAAAGUGGAGAGCAUGCUGCGGCACCAGGAGUCCCUGCAGGCUAAGCAGAGCACCCUGCUGCUGCAGCUCGACAGCCUGGACCAGGAGCGUGAGGAGCUGCAAGCCAGCCUGGGAGAGGCCGAGGAGAGCACGGCCAGGCUAGCAGAGCAGCUGGAGGAGAGCCGGGAGCAGAGCAGGCAACAGCUACGGACGCAGCAGGAGCUGCUGGACGCACUGCAACGGGAGAAGCUGAGCCUGGAGCAGUCUGUCUUGGAGCUGCAGGCAAACAUCUCCAAGCUGGAGGAGCAGACACAGGAGCUGAAGGAGCGGGAGAGGCUGCUGGUGUUCUUCCCUGAGCUCCACAUCCCCGCUGAGACACAGUUUGAGAGCACCGGGAGCUUGACCGAGGACAUGGAGAAGCAGCUGCAGGCUAACAGCAUCCGGAUCAGUGUGCUGGAGCAGGAGAACGUGCGGCUCAGGUCUGCGCUAGCCAAAGUGAAGGUGGCUGCUGAGCAGGGUGUGCUGAAGCUCGUCCCACAGACCCAGCUGUGGUCUCAACUCAGCAGCCAGUGCACGGUGGAGGCUGGGCAGCAGGAUGCAGGGCGGCCGAGCAGCCGAGGCAGCAGGGACAGCACAGGGAUGCACGGAUGCACAGGCGAGGCCCGGCAGCGAGCUCUCGGCAGCCAGCAGCCAAAGCCGCUCUUGGCAGAGCCUGCGUGCAAGACCGGACCCUGCCUCUCGUUCGCAGUGGAGGGCCUGGUGCUCAGCCCCCCCAAGCCACGAGGGAGAGGCAAAACGCCACCCCUCCCCUCUCACCGCACUAGUGGCCACCGCAAAUAAAAGCUCAUGAGGCUAACACAGAAAUGAGGCGUUCAGUGAGCAGCCACCUGCCCUGCCCCACUGGAGCUCGUUACCUGUUCUUUGUGCAUCACGAAGGCACACUCCCUUGGGAAACGCACUCGCUCUGCCCGUCCCGUCGAGCCCGCACGCAGUGGGUGUAGGAAGCCCAGGGAGACAGUCCCGCAGCGGCUUUGCCACGGCUGAGCUACCAGUCAGCCUCCGGUUGUUGGUUCCCUUUGUUUUCUGCAGGACUGUGGUACCUGCUCAUGGGUCUGCACAGUGUCCCCGUUGUCCCUCUCCGUUGGGCAGCGCUGUGGUUUGUAGUAAACCUGAGGGUGCCGGCGCAGAGGGCUGGGCUGGCGUGUUCCCUUUGCUUCUCCCUCAGCACAGCGACCCUGGAGAAGCCCUGCUGCAGGGGCUG